UCAGAGCAAACAAUGUACAUACUUAUAAGACCACUGGUUAUCGUAUUUCGACCCAGUGGAUAUGUGGAAGAAGAGACUCUGUUAUUACUAUGGAUUCAUUGGAGCGAAAGAGAAAAGAAACUCGGACAAAACUUCACAGCAGGGCAUUCAAGUUUUUAGGAGAGUCUGAAUGCCUUGACCGUGAAGACAGUAUGGACCCAGUACGACCUAAGAGAGGAUCCAGGGGAUCAGGGUCAUCCCGGUCAGAAAGAUCAAACAGCAGAGCUUCAUCCAGGGCAGCUUCGCAGAAAUCUGACAAAAGGAAAUCUAAAAGCAAAGUGAACUCUCCUGUGGAACCAGAGAAAGAAGUAACGUUUGACGAUGAUGCUGAUGCCGUCCCUGAACAAGGGUAUGCUAUAGAAACCACAGACUCUGAUGAGGAAUUAACCGACCUCGAUGCUGACAAAUUGCAAGACGAUGUCCAGAAGGAAGAAGAUAUUCAUCAGUUAGAUGAUGAGCACUUGGAGCCGUAUAUAGAUGAGGAGGCUGUGAAAGCAGAGUUAGGUGACCCUGAGCCAAGUGCAGUAGAUGCUUCUCAAAAUGACGCUCAAGAAAAAGAUGAGACUCUUGAAUCGAAAGAUCCAAAGACUACUGAGGAGGAUGAGGAAGAGCCUGAAGCUGCCGUCGCUAAAAAUAAAAGAAGUCGUAGACUCAAAGUAACGACUGAAAAAAGAACUGCUUUUGACGGGAGGGAAGUUGUCUUUGUCACAGAAUUCACGCAAACAGACUGGAAAUGGAAAGACAAUGUGGAGAAAUCAGGGAGGGGUCGUGUGUUGACAGCCACCAAUGUGAAGCCAGAGUCUCGUCAGACCGUGAGCCAGGCCCGCACGGAGGAGGAGAGCACAUUUGAUGACCGGACUGGAACCGACUUGACCCCAUUUUCUCUACAACCCAACGAUGAGUUUGGGAUUCCCAUGUUGGACAUGAGUUCUGAUUCAGAUAGUUCAGAAGACGACUCCCCGAAGAAACCACGAGUCCACAAACACCAUCUUCCCAGCAUCGGCCCCCCUCAGAUAUUAAAGUACAUCCGUGAGUCUGACAGAAUGGAGAAAGAAACAGACAGGACCAGCUCCUCCAUGGACGACGAGUACCGACAAAUUGACUCCACAGACUACGUCCUUGACCAGGACGGCAACAUGGCGGGGAUGUUUAGUGGACCAUGUGAAUUUUGCGGUGUGGAUAUCAAGCCGUUCCCCAGCCUGGAGCAGCAACUGUCGCAGCCACCAGAGUCCUUGUACUGCUGUGAGGACUACCGGGAGUUUGUCGAGUUUGCCAUGACCACCGCCAACAGACUUGAGGAAGACGUGGCCAAGAAAAACGAGAAGAUCAGCAUCAAAGUUCACGGUCACCACGGCAGCAAACAGGCUCGGAAGAUGGCCAAGGAGCAGGCUGUGCAGAGAAUGCGAGAGAGAGAGUUGCAGAGACGACAGCAGGAAGCCAGCGGCCUCCAAGCUGCGUUUUACCAAUCUGCAGCCGCUGGGACGGGCACGCAAGGCGGGGCUGCCUCCAGGGGCCCCAAAUCGCAACCAGGGGGCGCCAUGAUGUUUAAGGACAUGGCGUAUGACCCGGAAGAGGAAGUAGCAGACGACGUACCCGACGGAACUCGGAAAAAGUCCAAACGGAAAGGAGGAGGGGAAGAGGGUGGAGGAGGAGAGGGAGGAGGAGGAGGGAAAGGAGAAAAAAGUAGUGGUGGAGGAGGAAAAGGAGGAGGAGGAGGAGGUGUGAAAGGGAAUGUUGGGGCUGGGGGAACCCAACAAGGUCAACUCUUGACCUCUUCUCAAGGUCAGCACUUGACCUCAGCUCAAGGCCAAGCAGGCGCUUCCUUCUCGUCCUUCGGAGGCUUCAGUGCGGAAGUGGCGCGUCAGAUGAAGACCAUCAACUACCAGCUGUCGUCGCAGAAGUGUCUGGAGGAGGGCUGGACUCUGAGGGCGCCCAGCCCGCUUGAUCUUGAUGACCUUGACUGUGAGGUGUUCAUUCCGGAACCUCUGCACCCGGCCAUGAUCGCUUCCGGCAAGCUCCACGAGAGAAAGUUGAUAGAAAAGUUUUACCCAGAUGGCAGCAAAUUCCUCACCAUGUUCCCUGACGGGACAGGAAAUGUGUUUGAACUACGACCAGCACGGAGGCAUGGAGCUGGACUACGGAGGUGGACGCAAGCGAAUCUGGAGCUGGCGAGACCAGGAGACACACGUACACGCUCCUCCCUUCCAACCAAUCGUGUUUGGGAUGAACCGUUACAUUGGUGUACGUUUCAUGGCGCAAGAAAGCAUAGCCUUGACCUUGACGGGAAGGAAAAGAAGUUGCCGCUUCAAUGUGGGAUCCAAACUGAAGCUUGUGGCACCUGAAAAUAUAGUGCCAAAGGGUAUAGAUGAAAAUCAGCUGUUCAUCGAUGAGCGCAAAGUGAAAGUAGACCACAUCUUGAACAAAGUGACGACACUUCUCAAGUUCCCGAAAUCUCCAAAAGUGGACCGCAUCCUCCCACCUCUCUCCGUGGCGUCGCGCCAGCAGAAAGUGGACAGGAUGAAGCAGGAGUAUGCUGCCACAUUGGCCAUUCCGCCAACCGUGCCGGGCAGGAAGCAGAAGAAGAUUGUCAAACAGUCUCGUCUUUCCCCACUGCCCACAGUGUCAGUGAACUGACAGACGUCAUUGGUCUAGUGAUCAGCAAGCAGUUUAUAUCUCUAUAUUUUCUUAUGUAUUUGUGGGAUAUCAUGGUGAAAUCAGGCACUCGUCAAAAUAAUGAAAUCAAAGGAACAGACAUUUUUCUGUCUUGUGCAAUUUUUA